AUGGAAUCAACAGAAUAUUUUACAGGUUCAGAUUCAUUUGAUAAAUUAACAUAUUCAUUUAUGGGUUUAAGAUUAAUAGCAUAUACAUAUUUUUUUAUUAUAUGUUUUUAUCAAGCAUUUUUAGAAAUUCUUAAAAUGAUUAAAAAACAAUCAAAAACUACAACAAGAUUUUUUGUAUUUUUUUUUCAAUCUUUAUUUUGUAUUUUAAGAACAAUUCAAACAGCAUUUUUCUAUGAUAACCACCAAUUAGGUACUGCAGCAAUUUUCCUUGCUUGGGUUUUUAUUCAACAUUAUUGGUUACUUAUUAUGUAUAAAUUUUUUAUUUCAGAAGAAGUUAGACUAAAUCGAGCAAAACCAAUUAAUUAUUCAACAUUUAUUUUUGCCCUUGUUAUUAUAAUUUAUCAAUUUACAGUUUCAAGUAUAACCUUGCGUAAAAAUAUUGAAACAGCAGAGUCUGUUGGAUUUUUAAUUUUACUUUUAAUUUAUGCAUCAAUAGUUUCGUUUAAUGGUUAUUAUUUAUUAAGACAUUUAAAAAAACAUAAAAAGUCAACACCAUUUAGUCAUUUUGAUAUUAUGAUUUUAAAAACCAAGAUUUUAUUAUCAACAGUUAUUUUUGUAGCAGUAACAAUUAUCAUACAAGAACUUAUUUUCAAUAUGUAUUAUACAGACACUUAUGAAACACCAAGACAAUAUUUAAAAUUAUUUAUUGUUGGUGUAAUAGAAUUUUUUCAAUUGUUAGUUGUAAUGUUAGUAUUAUCAGAUGGUAAAUGGAAAGUUUAUGUAUUAUUUAAAUCAAUUAAAACUCAUAAUGAUAGUUCUAGUGAAAUGGAAAAUUCAAAUAGUAAUUCUAAAGGUAAAAAGAGUUCAACAUUUGAUUUAGGAUAUAGUGGUAAUACAAAUUCAAAUUUUAAUACUUUGGAAAUUUCAAUUGAAAUUGAAAAUUCAAAUAAAUCUUCAACAAGUUUUAGUAAUAGCAAAAGUGAUCUAAUUAAUUCUUCUUUAAAAGAUCCAAGUUAA